UUGCAGUUGGACUCCUUUGAGUAGCUGCGGUUGCUGACGGCGUCGCCCGUUCCGUUCUUGUCAUAAAAAUGCCUCUUGCGUCGUUCCACCGGGAAAUCCAACUGUGCAUGAUCGAGUUGUGUUGAAGUUUGGACGCUCCGUCCCCGUUGAGGAGACAAUGUUGAGGAACAUUUGGUGUGUCGAGGCUUUGUGUGGUGCUGUUGUGUUGGUGGUGUGUGCGAGAGCAGCGACGCUCGAGGAUGACGCCAACCAGGGCAGGUGGAUGACGCAGGAUUUCUCCGCUCAAACUGGGUACCAUAAUUAUGGAGACUCGCAGCGUCUCUCUAAACUACAGCACUCUCCACUUCACCUUAUACGCCACAACAAGACAUUUUCCGAAGCAAAGUCGUACUGCUCGAAAAUAUGCAAAGGAUGCAAGAUUCUUCACCGUGCUAUGUUACAGAGCUCCGAAAUGUGGCUGAAAUUAACCGACGCGCAAUACUGGCUGUACGAUGACGAUGACGAAGACGACCAACAUCCACUGCCGUUCUGCACACUUUUCUUCUAUCGUAAUGAGGUCCCGUUCAUAUCUCCUAGGAGCUGCUCCUCAAAGCAUAACUUCAUCUGCGUUCUUCCUAAACAAGGGAGUCCGUGUAGUUUAUCUCUUGUUGUGUUCCCUCCUGAUACAUAUCCACGUCCAAAGCCCCGUGGUUGUAGCAGGCUUCUCGAUGUGCAUAAAAGCCAGGAGAGACAAUGCGCUGAGAUGCAUAUGGACCUCUCUUUCGGAUGGUGGACUUACAGCGGCGGUUCGACGUUGGCACCUGCGUCAAAUUACUACCACGGCCCUCCUGGUAGCCUGUGCAACGCAGCUACGCUUUCACUUGCUGCUGGUUACCUCAUCACGCCGUGGAACUGCGACGUCUUAUUUCCCUUCAUGUGUGUGCCCCCUAUCUCCGAUAACACGCCAGAAGAGCCAUUGGAUACCCCGUCGUCAGUCAAAUGCUAUUACUUUGGAGACUCUCCGAUAGGUACCUACUGUCAGGUGAUGGAUCCUACAGGGGCGAGCAGCGCUCUACAAGCUCAGCGUCGAUGCGAGGCUCUCAACAUGACGCUGCUCAACAUCAGCGACGUAACAUUGCAUAGGCUUUGCCUUCUCAUGGAUAGAAAUCACUUCAACAAUACUAGGAUUUGGAUAGCUGGCAUAUCGGAGAACAGUCGAGGUCUGCCGGACUGCGGGCUGGAGCUUUUGAAUGUUAGCGUUGUUCAGAACGGCGCAGCACCCUGUGAUACGUGUGCAAUACAUGUUGUAUGUGACGCUGGUUUCUACCAGACGUCAUCAACAUGCGUUACUCUGAAUGACGCACGUGGUCCAAUGGAGUACUGUUAUUACAACAAGCCCGAAUACAUGCAUGUGAGUGAAGGACUCUGCAAGACCGUCGGCAAGUCAUUGCUAAACGAGGCUUCUGUGGAUGAUCUCCGCAUAAACGAACACCUUUAUACCAUCACAAAUUCUCAUGUUGAAUAUUGGGUUGAACUCGACUACGUUGCUGAAGGGUCUCUCAGUGCUGUCGUCGCCUACGAGCCAUACAGUUCUGUGCUCUCAAUGCCUCCCUGCACAACUGUUUGGAUGGGACGACGGGUUCCUUGGAUCUUUCAGAGAGACUGCAGCGACCGCCUUCCUAUUAUCUGCCAAGCCAAAAAACAAUCAGUCACGCCUUAUCCCGACCGUCACACUGACGCUUGUCGCUACCGCCGGAACACUUCAGGCACAGUGUUUUGCGUGCCAACGUCUGGACGCUAUAACAUAACGGAAGCCAUGGAAUUCUGCUACAAGCGGAAUAUGACUGUCUUGCUCGGAAGCAGCCUGAAGGACCUACGAAACUUUAACGGACCCGGAGAUCUUGGAAACGUACCCAAGGGCAACAUGUGGUUUACAGACGGCAGUAGCUACCGCAAGUGCAAGGUAGUGUCACUUGCUGACCAUUCCAAAGGAGACAGGAACUGCUAUGAGAGAAACUCCUACAUAUGCAUGGGCCGGCCACAAGAGCGUGUACAGAGCUGCCACCAGUGCAGGCAGACCAACUGUAGUUUCUGUGUUGGUGGAGCCUCUCUCGGCAACCCAGAAAGCCAAAAGUCAUGCAAAAGACACAGCUUGAGUCUUCUUCCAGUGGGGAGAGACACCGACUACUACCUCGAGGCGUUUUCUGUUUUAACCCAUGGCUACAGUGAAAUUACAGAAGUUUGGUUGCAUUCUUUAGGAAGAUCGGCUGAUCAGGGCUGCAUAUCCAUGUACAUGCACAAUGGGACGUUUUACGAACGUUUACUCAACUGCAGCAUUCGGCUACAGUUCAUCUGUACACCAAGUACGCCAACGGUAGAUUCGUCCAUUAAGCAUUGCGACGCUGAAAAGGUCAACGGAAUAUGGUGGCCGAUAACAGAGAAGGAUCACGUUGCCGAAGCAAACUGUACUAGCGAUCCAGGAUCUCCUUUGGCGUACCGAAAAUGCGACGUCAGUGGGAGUUGGGAGGCAUUUGUAGACACCUCAGAAUGCACGUCGGCGGUGUUUAAUCAAUUCCUGGAGAAAGUUCAAAGUGUGAAUAACACCGAAGCAAUUGGAGACAUUCUGAAGAAUGCCAGUAGCCAGGUUGCAUUCGGAGGUGACCUGGCGAUCCUGGCCAGCGGCACGAAGAACGCAUUGGAGUUGGUAGACAAGCUGCUCGCUAAUAUGACACCGGACGAGCAAUCGAAUGCUACUCAAACGCUCGCAGGCAACAUGGUUCUUGUGACGAGCAAUGCAAUGAGGCAUCAAGGUCCAUGGCACGGGCUUCCGAAGGAAAGACGGUUAGACACUGCAACGGAAUAUAUGGACAACGUCGAAACAACCAUCCAUAAAAUGCUAAGGUACAACGGCGACGUCAAGAAUUUUGAGCUUAGUCAUGGCGGGAUCACGGUUGAGGUAGUCAAAGAAGAAGGGAAGUCUCCUGUGCAUCUUCCAAAGAGGCCAACGGGGACAUCAUUGUACCUCCCUUCAGACUUCACCGCCGAAGAAAUGGUGGACGUCAUAUAUGCAGAGUACUCUUCUUUAGCUACACUACUUCACGACCAGCAACAAAAGAACAGCAGGGAUAAAACGAAAGAGACCUAUGUUGGCACUCCAGUCGUCACAGUGACAGUGUUGAACAGUGCCCAGAGCCCCCUAAGUGGCCUCCGUGGUGACGUGAAACUGACAUUCAAGAAUUUGGUGGGAAAAGACUGGCACGACCUAACAGCACAGUGCGCCUACAUCGCAUUCCAGAAUGGAUCAAGAUGGGAAACUAGCGGUUGCAGCCUGUUCACCUCGACAGCCAGUGAAGUCGUGUGUACGUGUAACCACUUGACAAACUUUGCCGUCCUUAUGAGCAACAACGGCGGUCAAACCACCGAGGAGCUGGAGUGGAUAACAAACAUUGGCUGUGGUAUCUCCAUAGUAUGCCUAGCGUUGUGCAUUAUUGUGUUUACUGCAUUCAGGCAACUACGUGGUAUUCGAAACACUAUACACCGCAACCUCUGCAUCAGUCUUUUGUUGGCUGAGGUCCUCAUGAUUGCUGUAAUGGAUCAAAGACGAGGACUGAUGAAGAUAAUUGGCGAUGGUAUAUCGAAGAAUAAUACAGUGUGCACGGUCAUUGCUUGCGCCUUGCACUUUCUAUUCUUAUCUGCAUUUUGCUGGAUGGCCCUCGAAGGGUGCCACAUCAUCGUACUUCUCUGGAAGGUUUUCAACUCGAAGAGGACUUACUAUGAACGCUACUACUUUGUGGGUUACGGAAUUCCAUUACUAAUAGUGUCAAUCACAUUUGGAGUCGGACACGACUCGUACACGAACAAAAGCGAUCAGGAUUAUCUCUGCUGGAUUCCCAAAGAGCAUAACCUUAGACUGAGCUUCAUCGUCCCCGUGCUUCUAGUCAUCGCUCUCAACAUCGGGACGCUAUGUUUAGUCCUUUGGAAGAUGGCCCGCCUUCGACAAGCCGCUGACAAGAGCACAGCGGAGAAAGUCAGCUUUAUGGAUUACAGAAAUUGGGUGCGUGGCACCUUCAUCCUUUUGCCUCUUUUGGGUGUCACCUGGCUGUUGGGUUUGGCACUGUGGGAGGACACAGUGGGAGUUGCGGCAUAUGCCUUCACCAUCCUCAACUCCUUGCAGGGUGUUGGCAUAUUCGUCUGUCAUGUCUUGAUGAGCAAGAAGGCUCGAGACGUGGUCCUGAACAGCCUAAACAAGACUACGAUGAAGCUUACGAAGGGUUCGCAAAUGUCAAGAUCUAGCAGAUCGAGUGCUAACACGACGUGGUACCGUCUAUCGACAUCGGCAGGUUCGUCGCCGCAAAGUUCCGCAGUCGUUGACUCCGUACAAAAGACGGGCAGCGGGCCUGUGUGCGACAGCGAUUUGGAUUCUUCCACCUGCAACGAUUGCUGGACACCCAGCAAGUUCAAGUUCCAGAUGAACCUGAACAGUGACAAAGAUGUAAAUGCGACCACUGGAUCUUCCACUCAAGUAGGAAAGCCCGAUGGACUCUUUUUUCGGCGCACGACUACUGAUUGUUGAGGAGACUCUCAGAUUUGCUGUUCUUCGAGAGUGGAAGGCAGUAAGCGUCUCGAAAGCUAUACGAGGAUGUGUUCUCCUGUCAUGGACCACGCAUAUCGCUGAAGCUGUCAUGUCGAAAGUAUUGCGGGGGAGCUCAUAGGGUCAACAUACACAGGUGCUAAGGCGAUAUGAACUGCCAUAGCCAAGUGCACCUGGCAGGAGCAGCAACUACUGCGGCAAGUAGCCAGUGAUUUAUCCAGACCCCCCUUACAACCCCUAACACCCCCUAAAAGUUCUGUGACACCCCCUAUCCUUUUCAGCUGUGUGCUCCCUACAGGGGGUGCCCUUGCAAUUUCAGCUUUAGACACAUGUCGGUAACGAUAUGUUAUGCUGUAAUGACAUAACUAUAAUAAUGACCCCCCCCCCCAUUUUUUGCUAACACCCCUCCGUGCUUGGGAUUCUGGAUAAACCACUGCAAGUAGGCGUAAAUGGGCAGGUUUCCUAGCUAGACUUGAACAGCGGUUGUUGAACUCCUGUUUGAUGCAUGCGCGGGGUAUCUGUUCUGUCCAUGGACGAAAUUUUACAAAAAAAGGGGAAAUGCCUAUUUCUCUGUUACAAUAAAUGGCAAUAUUUUCUAGGUGAACCGCCAACCGUAUGGCCGCAAUAGUAACUUCCCGUAGUGUUACCCUCACUAAUUAUUAACUAAGGCUUUAAUUUUUUUUUCUAAGUGAAAGAUCGAAUUUAGCAAUUACAUCACCUGGUCCUGUUGGUGCAUUCAGCAUAUUUGUCGCUCUGCGAGACACGCUCUCUCUCUUGCCCUUAAAUGCGAAGGAGAUAAGAUAAGGCAGCAUGUCCCUCCUUGUUCCUCGCAUUUCAAGGAAGCGAGAAACUGCUUUCCAGGAACAGGGCGUGAAAAACGAUCCCGAAAUCUGUGUCUACCGUGUUUAUAAUGUUGUCGUUCUGCCAAGCUUCUAUCUCUCAGAAAUUAAAAGGUUCAAUAGUCAAACCUAAUGAGGAAGACAGCCAACAAGGUUGCUAGCGCCAUCAUCAGGUGGCCAAGUCUACCUAUAAUAUAUCGCCACUUAUUGUAAGUGAAAUGGCUGUGUCCCUAUUUUAUAAAAUAGUACAGGAUUAGGAUGUAUUAUAAAAUAAUAUAGGUGUUCCCAUAGUUACAGAGAACCUCCCGCGUGUAUGUGUAUGCAUGCUGGUUACAAUUUUGGGUCCACUGCCAGAUUUUCUAUCGGCACUGUCGUUCAAAAACGUUGUCGGUUUACGUGUGCCUAGCAAGUUCGUGAAAUGUACCUUUCUGUCUCCCUGCUUCCACAAUUAAGUUGUUAAUACUAUAGCAGCCAUUCAUGCCACUAAGCCAAGGAAUAAUUUUGUGGAGCCGUUAAAAGUAACGCUGUCAUAUAGUAUGUGUCAGUAUAAUGACUUCACACGAAAGACGAGAUGAAUAGGUGACUGGUUACUUCUCCUAUCUCACUGCCCACUUUGUUUUAAUUGUACAUACUUCACUAGCUCAACCAAAUUCAUACAGGAAAAACUUCAGGGGUGAGAACAAUGUUCAUUGUCGCGUGCAGAUAGCUAUAAGGUCUUAAGGUAACUGAGCUUUUAUUUUGUCUGAGCUCCGCACGUCACACAGUAUUUUUUUUUUUACUGAUCUUUCAGUACCUUCUACAGUCUUCAGUAGAGAACUCUGUAAAAACGGCAGCGUGCAGAAUGAUGUUUUCUGUAUUCCUUAUCGCGAACUGUAUUCAUUACUGAUUACGGGAGAUUCCGGAACCUAAUAAUGGACAGCUAAGAUAAUGGUAGCAGUGCUUUUUUUCUGCGUUCGAGUCAAAUUGUAACUAUAGCUUUCCUCAGUCUACCGUUUGCGGCGUUCUGAGUAAUUUCACUUUCAUUACACACUCUCAUCAUCAUUGACCUGUGACGUCAUCAUUGACCUCAGCAUGCCUAUACUCGUUUCUUUCAAGAGGACAAUGAAGUGUCUCUAGUCAUUUGAAUAGAGUACGUUGAAGAAAAUGCAACCUAAUGCAGGGAUUUCUUCAGCGAGCGGGCCAAACGAGGCAGGGCAUACGUGGAUAUUUACCUGGUGCAUAUAGAUUUCAACGUUGCUGACUGAUCUCACGAAUAAAGUUCAUGUAGCACUUAUGUGCAUGAAAAGGAAA